AUGACCGUCCCAGAGAUCGUAAAUAGCUUCCUCCGAGGUCCAGCCCCAAAUGCAACCCUCCACAAAUUCGAUUUCGAGCACACAUUCCCACCAGUACCCGAAUACAUAGGCUACUUCGCUGCUGCUAUAGUGGACAACGGCAUGACCGAAGCCGAAUGUAAAGAGAUCGUCCGUCUAGCGGAAGAAUCAACAAGAAGUCAACUUCCAGACUCAACCCUCUCGCCCCCUCCCCCACAUAGGAAUAAGCGAUAG